CACGCGAAGAAACUAGUGAGCGAUCUGUAGAGAGCGAGACAACGAAAGACAAAGUAACGCAGGGAAGUAGCAACAGGACAUGAGCGGGACUACACUACACGCGACGGAUCGGUACUCAUUAUAUAUGGUAGGGAGACUGCACGGACCAUUAGUGUUAGUGAUCAUAGAACUCCAGCUCCAUAGCAGACUGUGCAUAGUUGAGGAGGCAGAGUGUGUCCGCCGUGCGCUGCGUGAGGCUAGGGAAACAGAACUUUGGAUUGGAAUAGACGGAGGACGGAGGAUAAAAUACGUACUCCAAGUGACACCUUUUGAAGGGCGGUCUCGGAUAAGGGCAUGGUACGAGACGACCAGAGAGGUUGAGAGGUUGAAGAUAAGCGAAGCCAGGAAAGAUGGAGAGUUAGGGAGAGUUAUAACAGAUGGUGCAAUACUCAGGGUGUUAGCCGCUCACGACCGGUACUGGAAGGARUCGAUAAAGACUUUAGAGGCGAUAGAAGAUGGUGGAGAUAAGGAGGACUUUGAGACAUUUUAUGACAUAUUGGAGCGGUCGGCAAUGAGGUUACAAGUGGUUAUAGCACUAACUUACCUCAACCGAGACCGCAGAGAUCGCGAGCAGUUUGCGCGAGCAAGGAGGCUGGAUGAUUACCCGCAAAGCCCUUGCUAUGAGGCCGAUCGGGGUAGAGGCGACUCCCGCGGCCGAUGGGAGACAGAUCAGGGCCGACGAGAUGGAUACAGGGUCGACAGAUACGAGAGAUCAGACCGAGACGAUUAUAGGGACGACAGAUACGAGAGAUCGGACCGAGACGGAUAUAGGAACAACAGAUACGAGAGAUCGGACCAAUACGGAUAUAGGGACGACAGAUACGAGAGGUCGGAUCGAGAUGGCUACAGAGGUGGUAGGUAUGAAAGAGGAGAUCGGGACUGGGAACGACGAGAUGAGUCGCGCGGACGGUUUAAGCGCGGGGGAGAUGCAAGAGAGCAGCGCGACGAGUCGUGGGGGUGGUACAACCGAGGGGACCGACGCGAUGAGUCACGAGGGCGAUAUGAUUCGGGGGACCGCCGGAAUGAUUCGCGAGGGCGGUAUGAGCAAGGAGGGUCUGGAGGAGACCGCCGCAACGAUUCGCGCGGUCGGAAUGAGAGAGGGGGAUAUGAUGUCUCAUCAGAGCCAUAUCCCAAGUCGCCUGACCCCAAGGCAGCCAGAAGUUCGAUCUCUAGAAGCGCAGACGAAAGACCAUCUACUCCGAGGAACUCAUGCGUCUACUGUAGAGGAGAAGAUCAUAUCAAGAGGGAUUGUCCGGACCUCAAACGGGCAAUAGAUGAGGGACUUGUCAUGCUUGACGACCGCAAGUACGUCAAGUGGGCAGAUGAUCUGGGAGAUGUAUCAAUGUUCCCUUCGAUGAAGGAAAAUGUCGAAGCAAGGAGAGUAAAGCCGAGUAAAGAAAAGGAGUCGGUCAGGAGCCAGAGCAUCAAGAUAACCUUUGAGGGGGAUAUGGCGACCACACCCAUAAGGGUGGCAGCCACCAAGUCGGCGAGAGGGUCUACAUCAAAGAAGACUGACACGGAUUACGUGAUGGCGAAGAAGGACGGGCAGUGGGUCGAUGAAGAGGAGGUUAUCCUUUCGUCACGAAAGCGGGGAGUGAAGAAGUUCUUAAUGAAGAAGAAGGCUGAGCCAUUGAGACUACUCCUUCGAAAAACUGAGAAAUUCUACUGGGAUUGCUCGCAGGAACUCGCUAUGCAAGAGCUUAAAGAUGAAUUUAAGGAGGGAGGACGCGUACUGGGCGUGCCGUACUUUGAUGAUGAGGCUGGGAGACCCUUCAUAGUAGUCACGGAUGCUGGGCCUUGUUCGGUCGGAGGGUUGCUGUCUCAGAAAGACGCUGAAGGGAAGGAAAGACCAUUAACAUUUGAGAGUAGGACACUUAAUACGGCAGAGCGAAACUACAGUCAAUUCAAGAAGGAAGUAUAAGGUGUUCUGCGGUGUCUAGGCACGUUCAGA